AACCUCCUCCCAGCCGAGGAUCUUGCCAGCAAUCGUGGGCGCAAUGGUGGUCGGAAGGCGCCCCUCCUCUUUGCCUGUGGCAGCGUCAGAGGCCGUCAAAAGACUCCUGGAUUGAAGCUUUGGCGCCGCAGAAGGUCCAGGAUACCGUACUAUUGGUGAAUCGAGCUUGCUGGUUGGUCAUCGAUCACACAGGGUGCGUCAGAGGGGGCGGGGUCUGCAGUAAUCCUUCCACUGGCGAAUGCCCUGCAUUAGAAGCAUUGGGGCUGUGAAACUCAAGCGGAGGAAGUCCUGGCAUGCUACGUAAACAUAUCCAGUAAAUGAAUGCACAUCUAAGCAGCGCUGCAAACUGCACCCCAAUGUCAUGUUCAUCUGUAAAACCUAGGAUGCUGAUUCAGCUUUCAUAAGGGUCAAGAUUAGACAGUCUUGACUGGCCCAGAAAGAUGGCUCUGGACUUUGUGGCUGGGACUGUGGGUGGAUGCGCAGGGAUCGUUGUGGGGCAUCCAUUUGACUUGAUAAAGGUCCGGUUGCAAACCCAGCCUGAUGUCAGCGUGGCGUCAGCUGCGAGGUCAGCGGGUGAGGCGUCCACUUCAGGCGCCGGACUAUACAAGGGGCCAAUGGACUGUCUAAAGAGGACCCUGCAAAAGGAAGGGGCGCGUGGGCUAUUUAAAGGUUUGGCGAGCCCUGUAGUCGGAAAUGUCCCAAUCCAGGCCAUCUGUUUUGGCGCCUAUGGGGCCGCACGAAGAGCGAUAUAUAGUUUAGAAGGGGGCUCAGGCAGCAUCACAAAUUACUCCCAGCAACCAUUGCAUCAAGUCGCCCUAGCGGGGGGGUUUGCAGGGUUCGCAAACUGCUUCAUAUCCACGCCAACAGAGCUCGUCAAAAUCAAGCUACAAAUGCAGCAAGAAACGACGAAAAAGCCGGUCAAAGGCGCCCUCGGCACCGGGUUUACGGGGCCCGUAGAAUGCGCCAAGCACAUUUAUCGGAUAGGGGGGCUUCACGGUUUGUAUCGCGGGUUUUGGACGACGGCGCUCCGGGACUCGCUCGCGUUUGCCAUCUACUUUUCGUUCUACGAGGGCACGUGUCGCGCGCUGACGCCGGCGUCAGAAACCCCCGGGUGCCAGAUGAGCCCGAUCAGGACCAUGAUUGCCGGGAGUGUGUGCGGCGCUGCCAGCUGGGCCCUGACGUACCCCCUGGAUGUGAUCAAAUCGCGGCUCCAGUCUCAAGAAAUCAUCCCAGCACAUAACCCCAGCCCCGUCCUCGCCGUCGCGGGGGGGCCGGCGACGAGCGGCGAGCGGUUGCGGUCGAAACCAAUCCAGCAGCCGGUUGGCAUGGUGCAGUGUGCGAUCAACUCGUACAAGAGCGGGGGAGUCGGGGUGUUCUUCAAGGGCUUUGCGCCGACCAUCUUGCGGUCGAUUCCCGUUGGUGCGGUCACCUUUUUGGGCUUUGAAGCCGUCAUGACGCUGGCCGGUGAGGGUUAAGACUAACCAUCUAGGGUCGGGUUAGUGGAGGAGGUACUGCGCGCUCAGAUAGUUUCCGAAAGUGUUUGCUUUGACCGUCCAUGUGAGUGUAAAAUCUGGAAGAGGGUCAAAGGGCCGUGCGUCUCUAAGACAGCGGUGGAUUUGAGGAGCUAUCUGCGAGUUUUCAAAUACCGGAUUACAUCAACUGUAGCAAGCUGAGACAUUAUAGAUUAUUGUAUAUCUUAGGUAAAUACUAUUUUCUUCCAACAAUUGACCUGUACCGAACAGAAUCGAUAUUCGAUUCACGAUGUUCCUAGCAGGGCAUCAAUCCAAGGUUU